GGCACGAUGGCUGCUCGGCCCCGACCACCAUGUCGCUCGGGCGCGAUUGUCAUCGACUCGACAUCCUCGAAGCCUCUGCAUGACGAUGUGGUUCAUGGUCCACAUAUCAUGAAGGUUCCUGUUUCAUGGUGAUUGGGAUCGAACUGCCAAAGUAUAUAAACCUCGAGGACGGCGCUCCCUCUCGAACUCAAGACAAGCACAAUUCAACAUUCACAAUAACAACAGAUACAACAACCAAUACCGCCAUCAUCGGAGCAACCAGCGCCAGCAACAUGUCGUCCACCGUCGCCACAGCCUCGACAAACUUCCUCCUCGCCGCAGUCGAAAAUCGCUGCUCAUGCUACGAUCUCACCAAGAACUCCCCCAUCGCCGACUCUCGGAUCCGUGAGAUUGUCGAAUCUGCAGUCAAGCACACUCCCUCGGCGUUCAAUGUGCAGUCCACCCGUGCUAUCGUUUUAGUGAAGCAGGAACACGAGAAGUUAUGGGAUUUUGGCGACGCGGCCUUGAAAGAGACCAUGCCAGAACAGGGAUAUGCCUACCUGGCGCCGAAGGUGCAGGGUUUCCGUGCUGCCUAUGGCACCGUCUUGUGGUUCGAGGAUCAAGCCGCCCUGGACACCUUGAAGGAGAAGAACCCGGCCAUCCAACACGUCAUCCCCCAAUGGUCGGGUCACUCCAACGGCAUGCACCAGUUCAUCGUGUGGACGGCUUUGGAGUUGGAGGGCUUGGGCUGCAAUCUUCAGCAUUACAACUUCAUGUCCGAGUUCAGGGAGAAAGUCCGCAACGAGUGGAACAUUCCGCCGACCUGGGCCUUGCAUUCCCAGCUGGUCUUUGGAACGCCGGUGGAUGGCCUGAAGAGAAGCAGAGAGAGGACGUACCUGCCGCUUGACGACCGCGUCAAGAUAUUUGGCGGAAAAUGAUUCGGGUUUCAGCCGUGCGCGUAUCAUCAUACGGAAGCCGCGAGGCCACAGUUUGAAUUGGCUGUUGUGAUAGACAAGAUCUUGGGUCUUUGCUUUUGUUCUGCAACCGUUCUUUGUUGGAAAGCUUCAUGUCUUCUUCCGCAGUCUCUACCCAGCAAGCCCGGCCCUGUCUAGUUUUGCACCACUGACUUUAUGCGAUCUCUGUACCUCGUUUAGUACUAGCUUAUCGCACCUAGAGAGUAGGCUCCUUUCUAGCUCUUCUUCUAAUAUAGUGGAUAAUCUCUAUAUAGACACUCCCUAAAAGCUACUAUCUAGUAGUCGGCUCGCU